UGGAAGGGGACUAACUCUGAACAGACGAAUUUCUGCAACAGGAAUGAAAGUUUCAACCCUAUAUAGAAUUAUUCAGCUGGGCAGUGGACAGUUUUUGCGAUGCCCAAGGAAGCUGUCACAGUUUCCUUUUAUAUUAAACAAACGUUUUUACAAUGUCGUUUCUACACAACAAAAUCCUGAUUCUAAGGAUUACGUAGUUGACCUUAGAAGUGACACAGUAACAAAACCAUCAACUGGAAUGAGGAAAGCUAUGGCUGAAGCCGAGGUUGGAGAUGAUGUGUAUGGGGAAGAUGGAACAAUAAAUGAAUUGCAAAGAAGAAUGGCAGAUAUGUUUGGAAAAGAAAAGGCUCUAUUUGUACCGACUGGAACUAUGGGGAAUUUACUAUCAAUGUGUGUGCACUGCCCUUCAAGAGGAGAAGAAGCCAUUCUAGGAAGUCGUAGCCAUAUAUUUGUCCAUGAACAAGGAGGGAUUGCUCAUAUUGCAGGAGUGUUGGCGUCAUUGAUAGAAAACAAACCAGAUGGUACUUUUGAUAUAGAAAUAAUGAAACAAAGAAUAAGACAGAUUGAUGAUCCACAUUUCCCAUUCACAAGAGUGAUAUGUUUAGAGAAUACACACAAUUUUUGUGGAGGAAAAGUUGUACCGUUGUCCUUUAUGGAAGAGGUAUACAAUAUAGCUAAAAGUGCCAAUGUAAAUGUACAUUUAGAUGGAGCAAGAGUAUUGAAUGCUGCUACAGCUCUGAAUGUUCCAGUCAAAGAUAUACUGAAGUAUACAGAUACUGUCAACAUGUGUUUUUCUAAGGGAUUAUCAGCUCCAGUUGGUUCUGUAAUUGCAGGAUCAGAGGAGUUUGUUGAUAAAGCCAGACGGCUACGUAAAGCUUUUGGUGGUGGAAUUAGGCAGGGAGGUGUACUGGCUGCUGCUGCUAUGUAUGCUUUAGAUAAUGUAUUGCCAAGGCUGCAUCUAGACCAUGAAAAUACCAAACUAUUAUCACAAGGUAUUAUGGAGAGUCACAAUGACCUAGUCAAUAUAGACCUCAGUGGAGUUCAUACCAAUAUUGUCUUUAUAACUAUGCUGAAAGACAAUAUUCCCUCACAGAUUUUACAUGAUAGGCUCCUACAGGUAACAGAAGAAGAGAAAAGAGAAUUAGGAGAUGUAGUUAUUGUAAAGACAGUUGUUUACAGUGAUAAACUGUUAAGAUUUGUCUUGCAUAACGAUGUUUCAUCUGACGAUGUAGAGUUAGCAAAGAAAAAGUUCCAAUUCAUAUUACAUGAAAUUGCAGAAAAGAUGAAAUUAUCAUAGAGAUUGGAAAAAUUCAGGGUCAUUCAUUUAUUUUUUAGCAAAAGGCUUGUCAUAGGGAAGAUGGCUGUAGAAGGAAAUUCUUAAUUUUAAUUGUUAAAUUACAUAUAUAUACGGGUAUGCUUUAAAGGAAAAUUAUUUUUCAACUCAAUAAUUGAAUAUUGUCGAAAUAUUCUGGACAUGCACAUUCAACAAAACAUAAUUAAAAAGGAAAAAAAUAUUUUUUAAUUAUACACAAAAUUAUUUUUUAAUUAUACACUAAAAUACAGAAGAAAUAUGUAUGCGACUGGUCAUUUUCCUAGAUGCUGUCAAUUUCCAAGGAAAUAGAUUUUUUUAAGGAAGAAAGGAGAAUAAGUGGAUACUUUGUGCUCUUUAGAAAAUGGUUGUGAAUUGUUGAUGACCUCAGGAUUAUUAUUUACAUAGGGCAUGGUAUAAUGUGUUGGUUAUGAAUCAUAUAAUAAAUCUGAAAAAGGGUAUUAAGGAAAUUUAUUUUAAUUUUUGUGUUGUAGAAAUUUACUUUUAUUUGAUAUUAUAGAACUGUUAUUCUUUUUGAAUAUUGUAUAGAAUUUAUUUUGAUAUUCCUUAUUUUAUCAGAAUUUUUUUUAUCAGAUUUAUAUGGAUAAUGAUUUGUUAAAAUUGUGCAUGGUAUUCUGCUUCAUUAUGAAUGUCUAAGGAGUAUAGGUCCAUAACAACGAUUAAAAUUAGCCUCAACGUUUGCAAAAUUUCUGUUUAAUAUUUUCUUAUAAAUUUGAUGUAGAAAUACCAUAUAAGUUUUUGGAAUUUCAUCAGUGAUAAUGUCGAGAAGUUUAAA